AAAAACCUUACAGUUGUAAACAACAAAGAAAACAAAAACAACAUUUUCAACUGUAAUAUUUCACAAUGAAAUUUAUUAGGCUAUUACUGUUAGGUGAAGUGUGGUCUUCCGUUGUGGGUAAAGGGGUAGCGUUAUCAAAUCUAACUCUUUUUGAGUUCAAUCCAACCUCAUCAGUUCGUUUUGAGCGUAUUGUUAAUGGGGAACCUGCAAAGAUGGGAGAAUUUCCUUAUUUUGCACUCUUGUAUAAAUUGAUUUCAACGAACAGAAACACUCUUUGCGGAGGAGCAAUCAUAAGUUCGUACUGGGUAUUGACAGCGGCGCAUUGCUUGGACAGUAAUCCACAAAAGAUUUUUGCAAUAAUAGGAGUAACUAGCAAAGAACUUGUAACAAAGGAAAACGUUAAUAGAGUUGUUUUAGUAAAGAAAUACGAAAACACCGAUUAUGAUAUUGGACUAGUUAAGUUAGGAAGAGAGUUAAUAUUCAGCAAGUACGUCCAGCCAAUAUAUUUACCUGAAAGUGAUUACGAGAUCGAAUCAAAUGCUCCAGGCGUUGUAAUGGGAUUUGGGAAGACUGAUCCUCACGGAACCAAGACCAGUAAUGUUUUGAGAAAGUUGUCAGUACGUGUUGCUCCACAAGAUGAAUGUUUUGAUGGAAUUGUGGGGGAAAGUUUUUCAGAACAUUAUCUAUGUACCUACAACACCAACAAUGGGCCUUGCUUGGGAGACUCAGGGGGACCACUGGUACUCGAGGACGAUCUACUUGCAGGAGUGAUGUCAAGUGGACCGGAAGUUUGUGCAAAUCCUUCGGUUUCAAUACUUUAUGUGAAUGUAGCACAUUUCAGAGAGUGGAUAGAAUAUAAUACAGGGGUAUAA